AUGAUUGGUUCAGGUUCAAAAUCAAGGAUUUUCUACUACUUAAUUAUUCUUUUUCUGGUUAUAAACCUUAAAAAUGUAUAUAGGGUGUACGCACUUUCCGGUGAGUUUGAUGCCAAUGGAAAUGGUAUCACGCAAAAUAGUUUAACAAGCACAACAAUUCCCACUACUAUCAAUCAAGAACAGAGUACAGAUGAAAAUAAGAGUGAAAGUAUAGAUUCAGUAAAUAAGGUCCCUGAUUUGAAGAGUAGUGACCAAUUGUUUCCAAAACCUGAUAGCCAAAAAAAUGAGGUGGAUCAAAGUGGACAUAAACCGAUUGAUCAGUUACCUCCUAGUGAUGAUUACGAUGAAGAUGAUGUAAGGGGAAUUGAUGAAAAGAGUGGUGAAAUAUCUAGAUAUACCUUGGGAGUGGACCAAGAAUGGUUGAGAAGAGAAAAUGCUGCCAAAGUGGUGGGAUCAAAACUUCCUGCAAGCACAUCUGUCGGAUAUAAUAAGAGAACACAUACACUCGAGCCUAUAUUAAGUGCUCAAAAAACACUUGGUGGAGUGAUACAAAGUUUAGUUGAUAACGAAUCGAUCCUUCGCAGAAAAUAUUCUCAGAAGGUAAAAAUACAGCAUGACCUAAGUCUCGCUAUAACAAGAGAAACAGCACAAGUUGUUUCUCUUUUAACCAGUGGGGAGCUCCAAAAAUUGCGUAUGAAACAUCCGCUUGUGUUUCAGAGACUAGUGGAACCUUUGCAAACACAACACGCACUAAAUAUUCUACUCAGCAAAGACAUGAAUAGAAUGAAAAGGUAUAACAAAAAUUGGUACUCAUAUGCAAAAAAUGAUGACAAGAAAGCGCUUUUAGAUGAGUUGAGGAACUACUGCGGAAAUAAAGCUCUUUAUGCAUCUAAUAUAAAACAGCCAAAGAAAAUGAAAAAAAGCAGAGAAGACGUUUACAAAAAACUUGAGUUAUUUCACAAUGAUUACCAAUGCCAACUUGUCGUUAGAGAAAAUCAGAUAUCUGAGAAAAUAUUAAGAACAUUUGAGCAACAGAGUGGAUUGUAUAUAGCUCCCCUCUACAACAGCAUAUCUCCUUCUAUUGGGAACAAGUGGUUAUUAUCUAAAUUUGAACAAUAUUUUUCUCAAUCAGCCAAUCUGAAUCUAGAUCUUUUGGGGAAAACUGCAUAUUCUUUAAUAGGAAGAUUCAUGCUUAUGGUUGAGAACGGUACAGUAUUACCAACUUCUCCUAGUUCUCAAGUAGCACUAAGUUCUCUAACUACGAUUUUGUCCAAUAUAAUGGAAGGAAUAGUAGAACCCACAACGUUUUUAGGAAAAAAGAAGUACUAUGGCUUUAUGAAUAUGUGUGAUGUAAAAUGUGCUGAGGGUUUGUUUAAACCAAAAUCAAAUUUUUUCUAUAAAGAACUUUUGAACAAACAACUUGAAAUUCUAAAAUGGGUUACCGCAUUUUAUAACGAUGAUUUAUUGAGAAUAGACACAUCUGCUCAAAAACUUUUGUUGGAGAUUAUGUAUAGGACCACUCGUGAUCCUGGAUUUCUGAGAUCAUACAAGAGCGUUAGGUUAAAUAUAAAAUCUGAGUUUGAAGAUAAAGAUAAAUCCUUUAUUGAACUUGACACUCCAAUUCCUGUUCCCAUAAAAUUUCAGAAACUGGAAAGAGUUACUAAAAAUACAGGACAAUUGCAAGAUGUAACCGAUGAGAAUAAACCAACGAAAUCUCCAAUAAUGGGAAAGUUUAAAAUUUUUAUGUCUAGAUUCUUGAGUGGAUUUCGUAAACAAGGUUCUAGCGUGGAUAAUAAGGCUCUUUCUAGUUCUAUAGUACCUUAUGAAGUUUUCAAAACACCCAAAAAUAUCGUUGCUUCAUUGGAUAACUUGUUUUUAGACACAUUUUAUAACAUAGCAGAUUAUAUUAAAUCAGCGGCAGAACACGAAAAUAAUGUUUAUUACGAAACUUUGAACACAUUUGUAUUGAUACAAAAUAUACAUGGAGCAAUUCAUUCCUUUGAGGACAAGAAAACCAAAAGCCUAGCAUCAUCUAAGACUCUUGGAGCUGUUUUUCGGUGGCUAAAUAUGAAUCCUAGAGAGCAUUUAUCGCAUAUACCAAAUAAAUUUUUACCAUUCACUUCACUGUCUCUCCAACUUAUGUUCUUCUUACAAAAUGUUGUUGAGUCGUAUACUAUGAGUUUUCUUGGUAGUUUAAAGGGCUUCUUCAGGGGUUUAAUAAAGUUUGGUUUUAAGGGACGGUUUAGACCAAAAACGUAUGCUCAGCUCUAUGAAUUUUUAGAACCGCAUGUGGUCUAUAAUAGUGGUAAAUAUCUUAACAGUUUGGACAUAAUAUCUAGUAUGGUAUCGAAGUUUAAGGAUUUAUUUCUCUCCAAACCAGCGAUACCUUCACCAAUAAUCCAAUAUAUAACUGUUUUUGUUGGAUUAUGGGCUAAGGGCGCUUCAGGUGAUUUUAGCAUGUCAGAUAUAAACAUGGAUAGAGUGAGGAAAACGUUCUUUUUGAGUUACGUUUCUAAUGGAAAAAGUUUGGCAGAUAUGGCAACAAACAUCAUCAUGGAUAACUGCAAGGUUGGUAAUCAUGCACUCCAUCUUGGUUGCAUAUCGAAAAUAUCAUCAAACAACAAAUGUAAACAAAUCUAUGUCAGCUUAAAAUCAAAUAAGCUGAAGAAGGUUUUGAAAAUGUUGGAAGCUACUUUCCAUGAUCCACUGGAUAUAAUUCGAUUGGCAUCUGACACAGCCCGCAGAUGUCUUGCUCAGAAGAAGCAACCUCGUCCACGACAGUCAAUGAAGCGAUCUAAACCGUACAAGUAUUUCCCACUUGCUAAAAAAACGAUCAAAGUACCUCAUUAUAUGGAUCGUCUUAUGUUACAUUCCGAAUUUUCACACAGAAUACAUUGUUAUAAAGCUCAGAAAAGAUUGGUAAAGGAAAUGAUAAAGUCUCUAUCAUCUGCAGUUUCGGAGGAUAGCGCUCGUAAAAUAAUUUCUACGGUUUUCUCAUCCUACCGAAGUAUUGAAAUUAAACAAGUUGGUAUGGCGAAUAGCAGCUACAGGCUCAUUUGUCCAUUCAUGUACGAUGCCCCUGAGGAACUCAGAAAUAUCCAUCAACUGAAUAUCAUCAAGUAUGUUAUCAGUAAAGCAGUAUCAAAAGCACGUUUCUCACCCGAACGUAAACGUUUGCUUACCUCAUUACAAUCACAACCGCAUAAACUAUAUCCAACAAUCCAAAUGGAACCGUUGGCAGAUCUUCCAGGAUGUGUACUAGUAGGAACCCGUAAAUACAAUGGUGUAUCAUAUUCUGGGGGAUAUGCUCCGCUGGAAAAAAUUGCAUAUCCAGAUAAUGUAGUUGUAAAACCCGGGGAAGGUCGUCUAGUAUACGAUGGUUCUGGAUUUGUACCAGAAUUAAUGGCCUUACGCGAAACUGUAAACGUAGAGUCAAUCUCUGUGAGGUUUGAAGGUGGUUAUAAUAAGUAUUAUUAUAACAUGACGGACGGAACUCAAGUAGACGAACGAAACUUUGCUAUAGAUAGUCCAGACUUUAUUGUAAAAUCACAUGUGUUAACAACUGCAAAUGCACUUAUAAAAUUGGGUUUUGACAUGGGUAGAAUUAUAUGGUGUGGUUAUAAACACGGAUGGGUGGCUGACUUUGUUUUAAGUGAGGUAGUUGGUGACACCGAUGUACCUGUAUUCAAUGGGCGUUAUUGGUUACUCAGUAGAGAAUUGCGUGUGGAAGAUUUGGUAGGUCCUGAUAUGAAAAUUAAAGAUGGUGAUGAAAUAAAGAUGGAAAACAUCGACAAGUACAAUAUAAGGAUUGUAAACACCAACAAUGAGGUGAUGAAUUUGAAUAAGGAUAGUAACAAAGAAAGCUCCCAGAGCGGAGAUAGCCCAUCCAACUCGGCUGAAGGUUCAUUCAGCACCAUUCUAGGAAAUAUAACUCCUGGAGGAGUAAAGAAUCUUGUGAAAGAUGCUUCAUAUAUCCCGGAAAGAAACACACUAGUUAUAGAUCUGGAUGCACCAGAUUUUGUUUACAGUAUCGGUGGAAAUCUAUGA